UAUCAGAACGAACAACCGUUAAAAUUGUCCCAUUAAAUAUUGGAUUUGAAGCUAUCCUAGUACCUUGUGGACAUCGAUAAGGUAUGAACUUUUGCCAAUGAAUGAAUAUUAUGUUUUACAUUUUAUUGCUGUGCAGUAUUUUGUAAAUCAUGAUAAUAAAUUCAAAAUAACCGUAAUUCAACAAAGUUGCACCAUGGUGAUUGUAAGAUCAUCUCGUCUAAAUGUCAAAAAAGCUAAAGCAGCUCCUUGUCACGUUAAACACAGCGUCAUAAUUACAAAUAUUCUCAUGGAGAGAGAGAGCCAGACAUCUUGCCUAUCUCAAGAAAGAUACACGUUGCUGUCGCCAAAGAAUGUGAAGAGAGUUGGGAUCGAUCAAGCCAAGGCUAUCGCUCAUUGUAUUACCCUCCAAACGGAGGAGUUGUUUGGAGAGAUCACCUCGAUCGAGCAACUUUUAUAUCAAUGUCACUUGUCUCUGGGGAUUGACGACGGCGAAGGCAACAUGGUCGCUUUUUUAUGCCUCCAUACAUACCCUCAUAUUCCUGCGAUUCCUCCGUGCGAGUGGGAGCGCUGGCUGACGAAUAUUUACGGAAUCGAAGACGCUCACAGCGAAAACACUCUUUGGGUUCGCCUCUUCGCGUACCAGACCAAGUACGAGAUGUUUUUCAUGAAAGCCAUUGCGCAAUAUGUGUUCAAGACUUGUAGAUACCUCGCGAAUAUUUUGUUAGUACUGCCACCCAUCGAAGUCGAUGUGGGUUGCAUCGAAGACGUUUCUGUUCGAGUUUUUCCUAAGGACUGGGACGGCUCGACGAAAACCCAGUCCCUGUACCGAAUCAACCGGGAUCGAAUCAUGCCGCUCUAUAAAGUGAGGAGGGCCGUAGAAGAAGACAACGACGACUUGGUGCCUCUAAUAGACAAGCAUUCAAAACGACUGGUCGCACUAUAUGGGGAAUACUACAUAGCCGAACUGCUGACCAGACAUAAAGAUUCAGGACGGCAUAUAAUCGUAGCAGAGUACCGCGACUCGGCGGUAGCGGUAAUCAUAUUAAACGACUCAGUUAAUUACGACAGGUUAAAUGAAGAAUUCGAACUCGUCCCUUUCAACGGAUUCAAAAAACCUAGUUCGGAAGAUCACGUCGAAUUCGGAUGUCCCAGCCAAAUGGACAUGAUGGAAUCGGUUUCGGACUUUGCAGAUAGCGCCGAUAAAGAACUGUCACACAAAGUCCCUAAAGCGGUCUUCAGCCCAGAUUUCGAAGACAAAAAUGAUCGCAAAGUGGAUGUGAGUCGCACUGAGAGUGACUAUUCUUUGCUUCUUACCACAGAUCCGUUCGUUUUUGAAGAAGACCAAGAACUGGACACGCAAGGUGUCGACGAAUAUACCCUUACUCAAAAAUCGGAGGAAACUCAGGACACCAAAGUGCGCGAUUUGAGCUCGCAACUAACACACGUUUACCCUAGCGAGGAAUUAUCUAAAAAUGUUGCAAUUUCCCGCAUCGUUCAAAGGUUACCAAAGUUUGUAGGCGAGCCAAACGCCUUUUGCAUCGAAGUAGCAGCCUGUCACGCAGAUCACGAGUUCAGCAUAUACCAAGUUUUGGAGGCAGUGUUUCAAUGUUUUCCCAACAAGGAAUAUUGCAUCAUGAGUCUGCCAUGCAGCGCGAACGUGGAGCCAUGGAUGUUUCCGUUUGUCAGGGUGAUUCGAAGACCGACUAGUACUUAUCCAUACGAACUUUAUGCAUCCCAUAAGAACGCUAUUUUAGGACGACUAGAAGUUUGUGCUGCCGUGAGAGAUCGUAUGACUGAAAUCCAAACUCUCCUCAGUAGCAUUCCUAAUCACGCUGUGAUCCUUUCUCAAGUUGAAAAUUGUUUAGAAUGCCCAAGCAGUCCCUAUGAGUGUUUCUUGUUUCUAUGCGAACGACAAGUCAUAGGACUGGCAGUAUUAUCAGAAGAACACGAUGUUGCAUACCAAGACUCGUUCUACAAUAUCCGACCGUGGAUUCGACCAAAAUAUUACAAAAACGGUAGCUUCGGAGUUAUAGAAAGCAUAGCCGCGUCUCCAAUAUUUCACUGUGGAUUCGAGUUUUUCAAACGAGAACUUCACAGACUCAGCUACUACCAAGUUCUUUUCUACAAGCACCAAAAGUCAUCCAAGGAGACGCUACCUUUACCAAACGACCUGCACUGGCUGAUUCCCGCUUUGCCUAGACAAACGCCUGAAUAUGAUUAUAAGAGACUUUCGGAAGAAGGUUACGACGUUUCGAAUGCAAUAUUCCCCAAAGAUCCCUACAGCCUAUAUCUCAGUUCGACAGCUUCUUGUAGCAUCUCUAGACUGCCGAUCAACACCCGCAUCGUAGUGGCCGGUUGCAGCAAUACAGCUUACGCUUUUAUGGAGUCACUGAUUUUCAAACAGACAAAUACGAAUUACCAGGUGACGUUUAACAAUAUUACGCUAGUGUGCGCUGACGGAAUUAAUCCUAAAAUUCCGAAAAAGGCGCAAGAAUUCUUCGCUGUCCAGAAAAAUUUCAUCACUAGCAAAUAUCUGGAUACGAUCCGCCUGGAAACCUACGUCAACGUUGUAAACGGAGUUCUCACGGAAAUAAAUCGAAAAGACCAGUACAUCGUAAUCAACGACCAAGCGAUGUUGCAAUACGAUCUUUUGUUCUUAAUGUGCGGGGAGGAAUUUCAAAUGCCGCUGAAAAGCUAUAAGUUACCGUUCGUCGAGACCCCGAACAAUGUGUUCCUUAUAAACGGACCUUUAGACGGAAAUCGAGCAGUUGCAGAAUUGAAAAAAAUGCGAAACCAUCGAACUCUGGAAGACACCGUGAUUGUUUAUGGGCAUUUUCUGCAGUCGUACGUCUGUUUGGCGGGAUUGUUAGAAUACGGGGUACCAGGUUCAUGCAUUGUCUUCGUGGAACCUUUUCCGUACCGCAUGGCGAUUGAUCGAAAACGGAGGCACAACAUAUCCAUCUUUAAUGACUCCGAAAUUUAUCACGCAACGAUCAAAUUCAUACGAGCGCAAGGCGUAACGGUAUACCCUUCGUAUUAUUUUAUCGACUGGACGUACUGUCCAAAAGAGAAUCGAAUUUCAGCCGCAAAGUUCGAGUCGAAACACAAAAUGAUAGAAGUGAAAUGUCAAGCCGCCUUUUUCUUUUACGAGAAAGGCGUCAGCCGCAGAAUAUACCAAGUGGUCAGCAAAGCAGGACUAGUUUUUGACGGUCGUUUGGUAGUCGAUAACGACUGCAAAACGAACGACGAGCGGAUCUACGCGGCCGGCACUCUGACCAAAUAUUCCAGGAAAUAUUUCGCUUCCAAUAUGGCGCACAAGUUUUUUAACAGAGUCGAAAUAGGGCGUAAGCUGGGCCGCCAAAUCAGGAACAUGCUUGUGCCCGGACACGUUAGGCGGUCUAAUUCAAAGAAACUUGGGUGGAACUUCCAUCUAGACAUUCGUAAUAGGCUUGUACCAAAAUAUGAACAACCCGUCAUGCGCUACUGUAGGUUACCAGGAGGCCUGUAUUAUCUGUCGGUUGUGAAACCGGGACGUAGGAUUCCCGUAGAAGCUGCCAGUUCUCAGGAAAACUACGGUCAAGUCUUUGUAACAGGAAACUGUCGCAAUCUGGAUCAACAAGGUUUCUUCAAGUUACAUUUCAGUGAAUAUGGCAGAGUCGACACCAUAACUUGUUUAAGCAAAUCUCCCAUAGACUUCAAAAAUUUGUACUGUUUAUGGGGAAAACACAACAAAUUGCUGAACAAUAUCCAAAAGCGCUUUGAAAUGAGCCUGAUUUCUGAUUUCUACGAGUAUUUCAAGCAGCCGUGGGCGUAUGCAUUGUACCACGACCGAUUUAACCAAUUAAUGAAAGAACUAAACAAUUUGAUGACCUCAUCGGUGGGUUCUGACAGAGAAUGUCUGAUUGCGGACGUGAUAGAGCAGUACAAAGUUCGCAAAUGGCAACCGCUGACAAGCGAGCAAGAAGAGGCCCUCAACUCCAAGUUUUCCAACAUGUUGUAUCCAAAAAUCAUAGAGCAGAUGGUGUUGAAUUUUAUCCAAGAGAAUUCCGAUUAUUUGUGGAUGUACGCCCAUCCAACGCUCGUAAAGAAUAUGCUAGAAGGAUUCGACAGGAGUCCGAUGUUCUCUAAGCAACGCUAUGUUACCUUGAACAUGCAGUGAUCGAUGACUAAGGUUAAAAUUAAAGUCUUAUUAUGCAAAAUGUUUCAAUGUUUUGACUUCUUGUAUUUAUC